AUGGCGCCAACAAGUGGGCGUACUUGCGGGCGUAGCGGCGGCGAGGCCAUCGGGCUCCGUCAAGAUGGCAGCCCUGAGGCCUCCGCGAUGUGUCCCGGGGUCGCCAAGCAAGCCCAAGGGUCGCACCUCACCCAGAUGCCUCAGGGGCUGUAUCAUAUACAGCGCAUCGAAUACACCUUCGAAGGUGAUUUGUACUUCUGUAACGUGUGCCCCCGAGCCAGAGGCGCGAAGUCUUGGAAGGUGCACGCCCGGAAGCCUGCCCACCAAACCAACCUCCGGCGCCGCGACGAGUUGAGGCAACGGACCGCACCCGCACCUCCCCAGCCGGUUUCGGUGGGUGAUCCAAACCCGGACGACUCGCAUCCACAGCUUCAAGAAGCUCAUCAGGACGCUGCAUACGAGCAGUAG